UCCGCUACGCUGCUGCCAAUAUCUCCCCAUCCGCAGCGCUCUCGUUCAGGGACAAUGCAGCCCAGAAUCCAGCGCGCCGAAACAGCCCAGCUGCUCCACUCCUCUCAAUGAGAUUGUUUUUAUUUGCUUCUCCUCUCUCUCUCCCUCUCUCUCUCUCUCUAUCUCUCUCUCCCUCUCUAUCCCUCUCUCUCUCUCUCACUCUCUCUGUGUGUGUGUGUGCCACGUCUCCUCACAUGUUUGGGGGAUUGAGCAGAUCGGCGGUCGGGUCGGACAGCACAGUGCGGUGCGGUGCAGCAAGUGACAGCGUGUGAUUAAAGCAGAGAGGGACUGAAUCAGCAUCGCCUUGCGUCCCUGCUCCUCCACCCCUCCCUCCCCUCUGUCCAUCCCUCCAUCCGUCCACCCCAGCCCAGGCGGCUUCAACUCAGAAGCACGCCCACUGAGGGGGUGCCAAGGAAUCAGGCGGGCGGGCAGACACACACACACCCAGACAGACCGGGACACACACACACACACACGCAGACAGACGGACAGGCGAACGAACCAACGAAACGUACACACAAGGCUGCCAUACCAGUGGUCAGACACAGACAUGGAGUCACAGGAUACCAGCCGGUCAUUUUUGCACAGGUGCAGGACCUCGCCUGACAGGAUGGGUGUUAGUGUGCUCGUCACACUUCUAAUCGGUGUGUGGUGUGCCCAGGCUCUGGAGAUGUCCGUGGGAAAGGUGGGCGUGAUCGAGGCGUUGAACGGCAGCACAGUGCUCAUGCCUUGCGUCUACUCCAGCUGCAUUGGCAUCAAGAACCUCUACUUCAGCUGGAGCUACAACAGGACCGAGCCACUGUGUGAGGGCUUGAUACCAAUGGAGGGCAUUGAUCCUCAUGUGGUCAUCCUGAACGAGCGCGUGGAGUUUGUGGGUUCCAGUAAGACGAGCAACAUCUCCAUCAUCUUCAAGAACAUCACCUUUGAGGACGCGGGGGACUACAUCUGCUUCGGCAAAAACCCCAAGGAGAAGGGCCGCAACCACAGUGCCACCCUGACCCUCAUAGUUGUCGAUGAACUGCGGGAAGUGGACAACACACUCACCGUUAUCAUCAUGUCAGUGGUUGGAGGGGUCAUCGGAUUCAUUGUCUUAGCCAUGGUCAUCAAAUCCCUUGUGCUCCACAUUCUCGGCAAGGUCCAAGAGAAAAAACUGUCUUGCCAAGAAAGUGAAACAGAAAAGGCAAAGAGUGCCUUGUGAGUUCUUCAGGGAAUGACAACACAGAGAACGGUCUCUCCGGCUCCAAAGCAGAUAACAAAGCAACACCAAAGGCAUGAAGGCGUGUAUGUUUCUACAUACCACUCCAUGUAUAUAUGUAUACAUGCAAGUGUAUAUACAUAUAUAAAUAUAUGGUGAAGAAGAUAUGUAUAGACAGAGAUUACUAUAAUGGACUGCUUUAUUCUCUUGACCCUAAUGGGGAAUUGUACUUCAUGGAUUGGAACAUAUGAUUAUUAUUUUUUUAAAUUAUUAUUAUUAUUAUUAUUAUUAUUAUUAUGAUUACGCUUGAGACUUGGAUUUAUAGGAAAGUGUCACGGGCUGGAUUCAUAAACAUUGCUAUGCUAGCUUCACCCUUAGCAACAAACAACAACAGAUCCUCUCCUGUUUACAUGGGCUGAAGACUGGGUUCAGUAUAGACAUUCAGAUUCAGAUCCAGUAAUGACUGUAGAUUUCAGUGGGUGUGUGUGGGGAGAGACAGAGGAGCUUUUUAGAUGUGUUGCCCCUUGUCCCUCUGAGUUAGCACUGGACACCCACAGCCUCCAUACACACUGCCAAAGGUCUGCCAGCAUCUUCGCUGGACAGGUUCAACUCAGCUCACUGCAGCACAUGAAGAACAGUUCAUUUUUUUUUACCGUAUAGUAACAUAAAGCUCAUAUUUGUAAACACUUACAUGCAUUCCAAAGUAACACUACUGAGGGGGAAAUAUCUAGGCAAGCAAAACAAGACCCUUCUUUCAGUGCUGUCUACACCAUUGCUCUGCUUAUCAGAUAUUCCUCAAGCAAUGGAGGCAAUGACAUGAUUAAAACACACGUUAGACCUCUCAGCACAUAUCCUAGACCCUACUCUACAGUCUACAGUCUGUUAAAGGUGCAGGACGUGUAGAAUGAUAAAUAAAAACCCACACAAAUGAGUCCUUCACGCUGGAGGGUGGAGCAAUAUGGGAGCUGUUUCUAAAUCCAGCCCUGCACAGACUUUUCCUUUCGCUUUAGAUGCGUCACAGGUGCCUGCACAUGCUUCUGACUUCCUUACGCUUUUAUGGAAUCUUCCUUCCUUCUGCUACUCACACACACACACACACACACACAAAAUAUAUAUACGCUAACGUUUUAAUCAAAGAUUUUAAAAAAGAUAUAGAGAUUUUAAUGAAUAUAUAAAAACAUGGAGGAAUAAUAAGAAAAAAAAGACAAUCCCCCAGAACAUGAUCCCAUCCCUCAUGAAAUGAAUGGACUAUUAUGACGCUGCUUUGAGAACAAAACAAAACAAAAAGCAUUUUUUGCAUGUUGAAUGAUUUUAUAUAGACAUACUGUAUGUACACUGCACCAUAUGAGACCCACCUUGUACAAGUUCACUCUCUAUUAUGUUUUGGUUUCUCUAUCAAAGCCUGCUCUGUCUAUGUAAAUCCAAACACCAACUGUACACAUUGGAAAACCCAGUUUGACUUGAUGCCAGACAAACUCUAUUUUGUGUGGGCCGUUUUGUAGGGGCAGGGGUUCUCAGUUGUGCGUCUGGCCACUGUCUGGCACACCAUAGCAUCCGUCUGUCUUUCUCUAGCACACCUGCUAAUUCUGGUCAGUGCUUUUGGCCAUGGUUGACGGGUUAUUGCUAAGUAGUGACAGAAGGAAGAAGCUUUGGUGUGGAUUAAGUGUUAGCCCCUGCUGAGCGGGAUGUGAAACUAUUCAACACACCGUUCUUUGGGCAGACGACACCUUUACCUUCUUUUCUUCUUUUCUUCUUCUUCUUCUUCUUCUUCUUCUUCUUCUUCUUCUUCUUCUUCUUUUUCUGAUACUGUCUGCCCACCAGUCUCAUAACUGCCCAUUGCCACCCCAAUGUUCAGCCCUUUAAAUACCUUUUGUUGUCUAGAAACUUGAGUUAAGUCCAGAGGAAUACUCAUCCUUACACAAUCAUAGCAGUUGUGGUAUUCAUCUGUACUUUUUUAAGGCAAGAACCAUAUGAUCAGCCAUAGAAACGUAGGAACUUAGAAACGUAGCUUUAUCCUGUUUGCAACCAGUGAAGUUAAAAAAUACCAUCAAUGUUGAAUAGUUUAUAUCAAUGUAAUGAUGGUCUUACUGAUAUCCAUUCAUCUACCAUACGACAGGUACAGGAACAGACUAAACAUGUAUACAGUAUUUUUAGUAUUUGAAACAUACAGUAGUAAUCAGAAGUGCAAGCUACCUGAAUAUUUGUCAACAACUGUAUUGUCCUGCAGUAAUGAGGCACACAUGUUAAUUCAAUUCAUAAACAAGACCAGCGUAUUUUUAUUGUGGAAAAGAACAUAGUGAGAUGAUUUUAUGAUAAAUUCAUAAUUUUAUCCAAAUCCUUAUUUCUCCCCCUUAACAGUCUCUGACAACCUUUAAACCCUUUUUUGCCAUCUGAAAUUACGCAUAUACCUCCGUGUAUCUAUUUCACGUCUGAGAUUCUAAUUGUAAUGGAAGUUCAGGAAAAUGUAAUCAGUGAAUGUUGCUUUCAGUGAUUCGGAUGAAAGCAAAACAUGUAAAUGUCCUCAGCAAACAUUUGCAAUGCACUCCCUGCCUGGAUGGAGGGAUCGUAGACGGUGCCAUGUUUGAAGAGGAACCCCUAUGGGCACUUUAACCAUGUAGAUUAUUUUUAUUUUUGUUUCAGUGUAAACAUAUGUAAACAUUGUAAAUGUGUGGCAUAGGGAAAGUAACCGAGUGUGCUAUUUGAAGAGAAGGUGUUGACAGUCCAGUGGAAUAUAGGUAUAUUUCUGUGUGGAUAGUAUGUAGGAUAGGCAUGGGAAGGUGAGCUUCGUUAGGAGUUGUGAGUGCUUCCGUGUCCUGGUAAGCACCUUUAAAUAGCAAAGGUCCUUUUCACUUGACGCUACUUCAAGAAUCAGGGCCUUAGCUCUCCUAAGGUUGGCUUGGGAGGGUUUUACAUGCUUUUAGUGCAGUGGCAUCCCAUAAUAUCAUGAUCAGCCAUGAUGUGCUUGAAAUUACUUAUGGGAAUUAUUUCAAUGUAAUUUGUACGAUUACAUUUGACUAUACCAUUGCUUUUAUAUUAUUAUUAUUAUUAUUAUUAUUAUUAUUAUUAUUAUUAUUAUUGGUAAAUAAUCCAAAGAGUUACCUCUGCACCAUUUACCAUUUUGUGUUUCUAAUCUGAUCCCAGAGCAAUAAUGGCAUUAUUUUAUUCCCAUGCUUUUAAUAACUAAUGUUGCAAUAUACAGUGUGUUUGUGCGUGUAAACAGAGCUACUGAGUUGGUGUCCAUUUUGGGACUGGGGCCAUUGGCCUUGCUUGUCCAUGAUCUGGCGAUGAUGUUUAUAUUGGUCAGGAUGAAGGAAAGGGGAAAAAUUGUGUUCAUAACCAAAACACACACACACACACACACACACACACACACACACACACACACACACACAUACACACACACACACACACACACACACACACACACACACACACACACAGACCACCCUUACAUUUUAAGUUUAGAAUGAUGCUGUUUGGCCUACAUGGGGCCACUAACUCCAGAUUUCACUCCUGCACAUACCUGUUAUUAUUAUGGUAUGCUGAAGAAGUAAAAUACUCACGAAAGAGAGGUUCAUUCCACUACAGUUCAAAAUACAUCUGCAACACUUAUGGAUGUUGCAGAUUUCCAUCUAUGCAUGACAGGCAUUAGUGACCUGGUGGCAACUGUAAAAUCACACUGAAUGCUAAAAUGAGUGAGGCUGAUGAUUUCACCAAUACUGAACAAUCUGUCAAACAAUCUGUUUGCUGGUGGGGUUAUAAGCAAUAUUGUUAAAAAAAGGAAUGUUUGAAUCUGCGUAACACAGCUUCCGUUAAAGCACAUUUGUUUUGAUUCUGGCCUUGAAAUGGAUAAUAAGCUUAAGGGGUUCUUUUAUUUUAAUAUUUACUUGCCUACUGUUACAUAUCUACUUAGUUUCUGGUCUAUUUGCACUUUACAUGCACUCAAACCUUCUGCGAACACCAUUAGUCUGCCCAAGUCUUUCUCCAACAUGUCUUCCCACUGAAAGAGCUCGGACAAUGAAUGUACAAGUCACGCUAUCCUCCCGUCUUCCUGUUUUCUUCCAUCCUUCCUAUAUCCUCACCCACCAGCCGCUAUUCUGUCCCAUCUCUCCUCUGUGUAUGCUCUGUAUCUCGCAGCUCUUCUCUCUCUUUCUCUCUCCCUCUCUCUCUCUCUCUCACUAUCUCUCUCUCUCUCGCUGUGUUAUGUCUCUUGUCUGCCUCAGACCCCUGCUGUCUGAUCUAGUGCAUUGUCAUCAGUGGGGAUUGAUUUUUCUCUGGGCUCGGCUGCUUGUGCCUGGAUUGAGAGGCGCUCUGCACCAGAAACAGCAGCCCAGCCCAUUUCAACUGCAGCAGUGCAGUCAUGGAAUCUCCCGCCCCCCUCUCUCUCUCCUUCCCUCUCUCCCCCUCCUCUCUCUCUCUCUCUCCUCUCUCUCUCUCUCUCUCUGACUUGCUCUCUCAUUCUCUCCAUAUCCCUCCCCUCCCCUUCAUGUAGUUCCUUUCUAUUGUUGUCCUUAAAUUUGCUUCUCUAUUUCAUCCCCAUAACUUCAACUCUCUCUGUCUCUCUCUGUCUCUCUCUUGCUUUCUCUUACUCUCUUGCUCUCUCUUUCCUCCCAGACAUUUGUUUUCUUUCCUGUAUUUCAUCUCCAUAUAUUUGUUUCUCAUUUCACCAGCUCUCUCUCUCUCUCACUCUCCAUCUCCCUCUCUCUCUCUCUCUCUCUCUCUCUCUCUCUCUCUCUCUCUUUCUAUCCAUCUGUCAGUCAUCUAUCCAUAUCUAUCUGUCUGUGUCUGUACAGUACACAACCAAUGCCAGUGUACACGACAGUGGUUGUCUUUCUGGAGACUAUGUAUGCCACUGCAUCCAGGACAGGCAAUAGUAUUAACUUAUGAAUCUGAAAAGUAUUUUUAUUGUACAAAGUAUUACUUCACUGAUACCCUGUCUCAGUGUCUGCCUAUAUACAGCCAUCACACAGGGAAGUGAGUGAUUUUAAAGACAGAAAUGCAUAUCUACUUUUUUUGGCAGAACUGACCAUUAUGUUUUAGCAAACGGGCUAAACAAUGGAAGUGAAAGAGAUGAAAUCCCUAAAAAUGAAAUCUUUACUGAAAUGCAUUGUGGGACAAAUGAGCUGUCCAUUAUUAUUUGAUGCAUAAUGCAAACCGAGGGGCAAUUUCUUUUUUUAACAAACUUGCUCCAGAUUCUAUGAUCUGAAAACUAAUAAAAACUAUAGAGGAAAUUUUAUGUACAUGAUAAAGGUGAAAAAUAUGUAAUCCUGACUCAUAGGUCUACCACUGCCACUUUUGAAAUAUCUACAUGUUUGGAUUUAACCACACACCAUAUGGGAGCCAGGGCUGUUUAUGUAGCCAUUGCAAGCAGAUUUCUCUGGUCUUGGACUGUGGAAUGAACUAGUACAUGCUUGUCUGAAAUGAACACUUGAGCACCCUUGGCUCGCUAGUCUAAAGAGAUGACGUCUCACCUCUAGAUUAGAACAACAUCAGCAAUGACCUUUAAAGUGUACUCCAAUUUGAUACUCAUAUAAGGAUUUCACUGCCCGGACGAGCGGCUCCUGCACCCACUGCCAAGCCAAGAGUCAGCGCGGUCCGCUCAUUACUUGCCCCCGCACGGGGCACUUACUGUCCAGAACCCCACCGUCUGGAGACAACACAGUGAAACUGUGGCCCGGGGAUGUGUAAAAAGAUAAAAAAGCCAUUUUCUCUUCUAACCCAUCCUUCUGCAUGUAUGUGUUCUUCUAGCCUCCCCUAGUCCUAUUCUCCCCUUUGGGUGUCUUCCCAUUGGUUUACAAACUUUCAAAUGCUGUUUAGCGUAGUCGUUCCACCCCACAUGUAGACCACAUUUUACUGGGGUUGUCUCCAGACACACAUCUGGCUACACAAGACUAGAUCGGAACAUUCCAGAAAGGGACUUAUAUUCUUCCCCUGCAGUGAAACUCACUACAUUUCCACUAGGGAUAUAACAAGAUAUGUAUACCUAAAUACAUAGAGAUUACAAGAGCUAUCCCUUUUGUGAUGGUACUGUACUGUUUUAACUCAAAAAAUGUAAUAUCCCCACUAUCUCAAAGCUUUUUGUGGGCUCAGAGAAGGCUAAUAAUCUGUAUGCCUUGAAAGCAUACAGUGCAUGGUCACUAUAACUGUUUUUUUCUAGAUGAUAAACAAAGCACUGGACACUUUUACUCAAAUCAAUAUAGCCUUGGAUUCAAACUGAAACGACACACACAGGCAGACCAACACAGAGUAACAAGCACAGGUGUACAUGGUGACAACAGCCUCCAUCGUAUCGACUGUCCAGACACCCUUGGAUGAGGAGGCCAAUCCCAAAUAACAGGGGGCGCUGGCAUGGAUUUAGUCCCAAACUUGCAGGUGGAUCCAUUUGGAUCUACUUGGCAUUUGGUACGAGAUCCAGAGCAUGGUGCCCAGUCAUGUGGGAUGCUUUUGUUUGAAAAUAAACUUGUUGUCUAAGACUCCCCAUCUGGGGUUAAACGAAGGCUGACAGGUGUAUGUAUUUAAUGUGUGUCCACUCCAUGCGCCGGACCUCUCUCUUUAUAAGCCCUGCACCAUGUGUGUGUGUGUCCACGACUGCUUGAGGUGAGCUUGUCUGUGUUCAACAACACAAUGCUUCCGUACUACUGCUCCUCUAACCGGUAACAGUGAAUGUGUACGCCGUCCACCUACUGUACUGACCCUCUGUGUCCUCUGUACAAAUGUCUGUCAUUAAUGCUCUGAUCAUGACUAUGCACCUCAGUAGACUUUCUCUGGACUGUAAAAAAAAAAAAACAAAAAAAAAAAAAUCUAAGUGCAUAUAACAAAAUAAAAAAUUAAGUUUGCUUAAAUAAUGA